GUGAGGAAGACUGAGUGAGGAAGACCGAGAGAGAGAGAGAGAGAGAGAGUGAGAGCAUCGACAUGGACCUCCUGUAGCAUCCUCACUACAGCACGCCGACUCUGCGCUAAGGCUCGUCACUUCAAAGCCCAACCGCGCCACAAUGUAUCGGAUAAAAAGCGGCUUUUGCCUUUUGAUCUUCCAGCUGUGCAUCAUGGGAUCAGUAGUCGGUCUAAGCAGUAAAUACCAGAGGGAGCAGCACAGAUUUACCGAGGACGUGGACUGGUCUUACACAGGAACCCUGAACCAGCAGCACUGGGUAAAGAAGUACCGCUCCUGCAAUGGGGCCAGGCAGUCGCCCAUCAACAUCGACGAGAACUUCACGCAGGUUCAGGUGCAGUACCAGGACUUGCAGCUGGAGAACUGGGAGCAGCUCAUGUCGGACUCUACCAUCAGCAACGACGGAAAAACGGUGGUUAUCAGUGUGAACGGAGAGUACUACAUCAGCGGAGGAGGACUGCGGUCACGCUUCAGAGUAGCCAAGAUCACGUUCCACUGGGGCCGCUGCAACGCCUCAUCUGACGGCUCAGAGCACAGCCUUAAUGGCUACAAGUUCCCUUUAGAAAUGCAGAUUUACUGCUAUGAGGAGAGUGAGUUUGGGUCAGUAGAUGAUGCUCUGAGGGGUAAUGGCAGACUCACUGCACUGGCCGUGCUGUUCGAGGAGAGCAUUGAGGAUAACGAGAACUAUGCCGCCUUAAUCAAUGGGGUCAACGCCGUCAGUCGAUACGGUAAGAGCAGUCCACUGGAGGCCUUUCCUCUGCUCGGUCUAAUGCCUGAGUCGACGGCCAAAUAUUUCAUCUACAACGGCUCUCUCACCACGCCACCCUGCACAGAGACAGUGACAUGGAUUGUCUUCAAAGAAACAGUGCCAAUUUCUGAGACGCAGCUGGAGGUAUUCUGUGAGGUGAUGACCAUGCAGCAGGCUGGAUAUGUGAUGCUGACAGAUUACCUGCAGAACAACUACAGGGAUCAACAGCAGCAGUUCCUGGGACAGGUUUUCUCAUCUUACACCGGCACAGAGGAAGUCCUCACUCCUACGUGCAGCUCAGACCCAGAAAAUGUCCAGGCGGAUCCACAGAACUACACCAGCAUAAUGGUGACGUGGGAAAGGCCGCGGGUCGUCCACGACACCAGCAUCGAGAGAUAUUCCGUCACCUACCAGAGUCUUCAGGGGAAGAAUGCUCAGAAACGACAGUACCUGACAGAUGGUGAUCAAGACGUGGGAGCGAUUAUUCACAACUUGAUGGCCAAUAACAGCUACGUUGUCCAGGUGGUGGCGCUCUGCACUAAUGGUCUAACAGGUCGGAUGAGCGACCAAGUUAUAGUCGACAUGCCUCUGGAAGACCCUGAAAAUGAUCCUGAUCCUACUGUUGAGUCGACACAUUUGGAAGAACUUACUGAGCACACCCCCCAGCUCUCUUUAUCAACGAGUACUUCAAGCAGCACACCCAGGAUUUCGCCAGGCCACACCUUUUCCUCCAUGACCUCCAUCUAUGACUCCAUGACCUCCUCCACCAGUCACCCAGAAAUCCUGCUUCCUACUAUCAAGACCAGCACAUCAUCAGAGCAGCAGUGGCUCACAGUGGAAGCUCAAACCUUUCCACCUGACCAGGAAAAAACCCACGGCAAGCAACCUAGCAUCCACGCUGUGCCAGAAGACGAAGACGUCAUGCUGGUAACUCAUGGUCACAGCGACGGCUUGCAAUCUAGGACGACAGUGUCCAGCCCAAAUGAUGAUCAGCUGGGUCUGCCUGGUGUUCUAAAUGGAGGUGUGCGGGGUCAUGGGAAGGUCAAAGUGUGGAGGACCAAACCUCACAUCGCUUCAGUGACCUCGGCGCCGGAUGCCGAGAGUAGGACGAUAUACGUCACCAGGAACUCUUUAUUGGUCUCAAUGAAGCAUGUUAAUGAACCCACUCAGCCUCUGUUUAAUGAGGAGAGCAACAGCAGCCCGCAGUCGCGUGUGGGAAUGGUGGGAGGGACAGAGAGGAGGACGGUGGUGCCGUUAGCAGUGGUGUCUACUCUUACUGCAGUGUGUCUGCUGGUGCUGAUCAGCAUUCUCAUCUACUGGAGGAAGUGCUUUCAAGCCACACAUCUAUACGUCGAGGACAAAGCGUCUCCCAGAGUCGUAACCGCUCCGUCGACACCUCUGCUCCUUGAUACAGAAGAACACGCUGCACUCCCAGUGAAAGAAUUUGUGAAGCACGUCGCAGACCUUCACUCCAACAGCACCUUCUCCAAGGAGUUUGAGAACUUGAAAGAGUCUUAUGAGGAAAUUCAGUCCUGCACUGUGGACAUGGCUAUUACCACAGACAGUUCAAACCACCCAGACAACAAGUGCAAGAACAGAUACAUCAACAUCCUGGCCUAUGAUCACAGUCGAGUCAAGCUAAAUAAUAAUGCAGAGAAAGAUGGAAAGACCGGAGACUAUAUAAACGCCAGUUACGUGGAUGGCUACAAACAACCCAAAGCGUACAUAGCAGCCCAGGGUCCACUGAAGACCAGCCUGGAAGACUUCUGGAGGAUGGUGUGGGAGCAGAACGUUAGUGUCAUCGUCAUGAUCACCAACCUGCUGGAGAAAGGCCGGAGAAAAUGUGACCAGUACUGGCCUCUGGACAACCAGGAGGAGUAUGGGAGUUUUAUGGUCACACUGAGAAGUACCAUAACGUUGGCUUACUACACCAAGCGGACCUUCACUCUGAGGAACAUCAACAACAAAAAGGGCUCUCUGAAGAGUCGCAGUCAGGAGAGAACCAUCGAACAGUACCAUUACACUCAGUGGCCGGACAUGGGCGUCCCCGAGUACACACUUCCAGUGCUCAAAUUUAUACAGAAGUCGUCUGAGGCAUGGAGCGCUGACUCGGGCCCUGUGGUGGUGCACUGCAGUGCUGGAGUGGGAAGAACAGGAACGUACAUUGUGAUAGACAGCAUGCUGAAGCAGAUCAAGGCAGAGGGGACGGUGAACAUCAUGGGCUUCCUGAAGCACAUCCGCACCCAGAGGAACUACCUGGUACAGACCGAGGAACAAUAUGUCUUCAUCCACAAUGUGUUAGUAGAAGCAAUCAGGAGUAAAGAGACAAAAGUAUCAUCCAGCCACAUCCAUGCUUACGUCUCUGAUCUGCUCACGCCCAGACCAUCAGGACAGACUGGUCUAGAGAAACAGUUUAAGUUGAUCAGCCAGAAGUGUGCGAAUCAGGAUGACUACGGGACAGCGCUGAAAGAGUGUAACAUACCGAAAAACAGGACGUCGGCCCUCAUGCCUGUGGAAAGAUCCAGAGUAAGCCUGUCUUCGACUGCAGCAGAUCCUUCAGACUACAUUAAUGCUUCUUACAUCAUGGGUUACCAUCAAAGCUGUGAAUUCAUCAUCACUCAGAGACCCCUGUCCAGCACCGUACAUGACUUCUGGAGGAUGAUCUGGGACCAUAACUCUCAGAUGAUCAUUUCUCUGCCUGAGAGCCUGAGUGAAGAAGAGGAGUGUCCUUACUGGCCCACGAAGGACCAACCAAUCACCUGCGAGACGUUUACAGUGAGACUGGCAGGGGAGGAUCAGAUCGCUCUGUCGUAUGAAGAGUCUUUGGUGGUGCAAGACUUUAUUUUGGAAGCCUUAAAAGAUGACUACGUGUUGGAGGUUCGCUGCUACCAGGCUCCACAUUGGCCGAAUCCAGACAGACCCAUCAGUAAUGCCUUUGAGCUCAUCAACAUCAUCAGGGAAGAGCGCGCACAUCGAGAGGGCGCUAUUGUGGUCCAUGACGGGCUCGGAGGCUCCGGCGCUGGGAUCCUGUGUUCCCUAAUCACUCUAAGUAAUCAGCUAGAGGAGGAGAACAUGGUGGAUGUCUAUCUGACAGCAAAGAUGACCAACCUGAUGAGACCGGGAGUGUUCAGUGAUAUUGAGCAUUACCAGUUUCUUUACAAAGCUAUACUAAGCUUGGUGAGCACCAAGGAAGAUGAAAAAACGCUUCAUUCCACGGAGAACAACGGCAACAUCCCGGCCGGCUCGGCGAACAUCACAGAAAGUCUCGAGUCUCUCAUGUAAAUGUACAUAAGUCAUAGAUUUUAACAUUUCCAGUUCUAAAGUGAGUGAUGACAUAAUUUGCCUUUGUUUACAUCAAGGCCAUUUGCCCUGCCACCCCAAACACACUCCCACACACAAACACACACACCCUCGCCAUUCUGGAAGUACAGGAAGUGAUUUGAUCUUUUAUUGUGCCUUUUUGUAAAAUGUGUACUUUAUAAAGCGAUUUGAUACGUUACUGUUGGGACUAAUGCCAAAAUUUCUACUCUUUUCAGAAUGUUGACUGCCGCAUUGCUAGUGAUGUCUAUUUAGUCCAGGUGAAAUGUAAUAUUUAUAAGUAAACAGAUUAUAGACAGAUUUUAUAGAGAAAUGUAGCUCAAGUACAUCGUUACACAAAGGUCCGUUAGAGAUUUACGACUACACACUGAUCACAUCAGCAGACCAAACCCUAUUUGUAUAAAUAAAUUUUCUAUUUUACUACAUUUGUUCGACAUAAGAGUUUAACCGUGAUUUUUCUUUUCUUUUCGGAUAUGUGUGUAUAAAGUUAAGUGACAGUGCUGUUUUGUUCUUCGUCCCUGUUUCGUAACUUUGAUGCAUGAAGUUACGUACUGUAGAUGUCGGUGAACAGUGUCGCCUGUAAGUCUGUUACUGCGUUCAUGAGUGUCUAACUGCUGAUUAAGUGACUGUGUAAGUGAGACAGGAAGAAACACUACAACCUCUAAAAAAAAAAAAAAUCCACAACUCGCACAUACUGUGUAAAGCAUCUCAGUGUAAUAGUCGCCUCUUAACAUGUAAAUCGGAAAACCACAGGUACCGGUAUUAAGACACAUUCCACUUUACGCUCAAUGUAAAAUGAGGUAAACUUGUGUUCCACUGCGAUUUAAUGAUUUAGUUGUCUUUAUAUAAAAAAUAAUAUUUACAGAAGCUGUUCUUUGUGUCAUUUUUAUGUACAAAUCUUUGAUUUCUCUCAUGUAUAUAUGUUCCUGUAUAUUAGUGCUGUCUAUCGAUUAAAAAUUUUAAUCUAGUUAAUCACAGUUAUAGUCUGCAAUUAAUCAUGAAUAAUUACUAAAAUAUUAUAAUUUUAAAAUAUUAAGAUUUACUUGUAUUAUAAACAUGCGAUGUUGGAAUAAAGAAAUGCAUGACAAACUAAUUAGAGGAAACAGAUUAUGCUGUUUUAUAAUAUCUCAAACAUUAACAUUUAACAAAUAAUUUAAAUUAAUAUCUCGAGUGGCGGGGCUCAAACCUGGAACCUCAGAUCCAAAAAGUCAACAACUUAGAGCCUUAGCCACCUGAGCCUCCACUCCCACAGCUUAAAUCUUAUGUAUUCUUUGAAGGUAGCUUAAGCACACAACUUUAGUUUUUAUCCAAACUUCCAUCUAGAAGGUUUUUAUAAUGAAACUUGCUGUUCAGGAAUUUGGUGAUGUUUCCUCAGUUUCUUAAUAUGAAACGUGCUAUUAACACACAGUGGGAUACCCACACAGUGAUUAUGGCCAGCCAUUAGGUUCAAACUUGGUCAUAUGAUUAAUUUGCGAUAAAAUGCAUUUAUGCAUUAAUAUAAACA